CGACCCGACCCGACCCGGGAAAUGAAAGUAAGAAGAAGAGGGGUCUCGGGCUUCAAGUCUUAGUCUUUUUUUUUUCGAGUGAGGAGCUGAAGGCUUGGUCUUCUCGGCGUGUCUCCGAUCAGAACUAAGUUGGUGUAAUUGUAAUGAUUUCUGGGGAAACAGGGUUGAAGUGGAUUGCUACUACUGAGCACGGUUGGAGCUUUAAAUUAGAGGAAUGGGGGGCCAAGAGGUUAAGCAGCUUGAGGAUUGCACAGUUGCCAAUGCGUUGGGCACUUGGGUAUUCUCAGUAGCAGGGGCUUUGCUAGCAAUUCCGGUGGGGAUAAAAAGGAAAUCUUUAGGGCCACUUGUCUUCUUUGGCACAACCGGUACCAUGCUUGACAUCAUUAUGGGUAUCACUCAGUGUGAAAGAGAACAUGCAGAACGCCAAGCGAAGCUUUCAGAAGCCCAAAAUUCUGCAACCAAUGCUUCUUUUUCUGAGACUGGAGCCGAGUUGUCUUCUUUGUCUGAGACCAGAGCCGAGUAUUCUUCUUUUUCCGAAACUGGAUCCGAGUCUUCAACUUGACAAUAUGCAGCAAUAUGCAACAUGUUUCGACUGCUCUCAGAUUUUACUGUAAAAGCUGAAUACUUUUUUUUCUGAAUGACCUGUGGUUUGAAUUCUGCCUUCAAUCUGCAUGAGUUAAUAAUCACACUAAAGUAACUUCAUUUGAUC